AUGAAUGUCAACACUAGUCGUACGUCGACCACAGGCGCUUCAACAGCUCCAUCAUAUUCCCACAUCCGCAGUUGUACCGUUUGCCGAUAUCGAAAGAUCAAAUGCGACCGUCAGAAGCCCUGCUCGAGCUGUGUACGCGCUGGUAGCGAGUGCGUCUACCCCCCGGGUCCCGGGAGAGCGCCCAAGAAGCCACGACAAGCUCUCGAUGCGCGGCUGCUAGACCGAUUAUCCCGUCUCGAAACGCUGAUCAAGUGUCUGGAGGGUAAGGUCGAGACAGGGAAGCCAUUGACAGCAACAACACGGCCAGGAACCCCGGCGACGACUUCGGCGCAGCAGCCGGAGGACGGACCGAGCUCGGCGAAACAGCUGGGUCGACUGGUCAUUGACGACACGCGCAGUUGCUACGUGAGCAAUAUCCUCGUCUAUAUUGAAGAACUGCGCGACUUGUUGCAUGAUUCGACUUUGGAUGACGACGAGAAUGACGCCAAUAGGGGAGCGCCGACGGAUGAAUCAAUCUCAGAAUCGGAGAGCUCUUUAGGUUGCAACGCCGCGAUUAUGGGUUUUCAGGCUCUGACAAAUUCCUUACGCGCCUACCAUCCACCUCUGUUCCAGUCCGUCGCCCUGUUGGAGAUGUUCAAGGAGAAUGUGGCGCCGUUGGUGCGCAUUUUCCACAUGCCCACGAUGAUCCGCAUCUACUGGGACGCGGUUGCAACGCCCGAAGCACUGGAUCGUAAUACAGAGGCAUUACUCUUUGCCAUCUAUUACUCCACCGUGAUCAGCCUGGAGCCAGAGCAGUGUUUCACUACACUGGGUGUGUCACGGACCUACGCGCUGAAGCACUAUCGGUUCGCGGUCGAGCAGGCUUUGGCGCGCGCGGAUCUAUUAAACACACAGAGCAUGAUCCUUCUACAGGCGGUGGUCCUGUUUCUGUCGGCACUGCGGAACGAAGACGCAUCUCGGACUGUCUGGUCCCUCACCGCGCUCGUCUUUCAUAUCGCCAAGGCCAUGGGCCUGCACCGCGAUGGUGCCGCCUUUGGUCUUCGGCCGCUGGAGACUGAACUCCGACGGCGUCUCUGGUGGCAUAUCUGCUUGCUGGAUAUUCGGUCCUCAGAGUACCAUGGGUGCGAGCCGAUUGUGCGUGAGUCCAUGUUUGACACGCGACUGCCGCUGAACAUCAACGACGGGGAUUUGACCGCAGAGAUGACCGAGCCGCCAGGCGAGCGUGAGGAGGCGACCGAGAUGACAUUCUGCCUCAUUCGCUCCGGCGGACGAACUCUCCUUGGAGGACCGCGCGGCACUUGCCCGCACACUCGAAGAGCGAUUGGAAGACCGCUACCUCAAGACCGCUACCUCAAGCACUGCGACACCACCAUUCCGUUUUUUCAAGUCUGCGUGACCGUCGCACGGCUGAUCAUCGCCCGCACAUGGCUGGUCGUGUACUACCCGCUGGGCCAGAAGAAGAGCGAAUCCAACUUACCCACCAGUAUCCGCGAUCGCCUGUUCCUGACGUCCAUUAAGGUGCUCGAGUUGUCCAACCUGUUGCUGACCAAAUCGGAGAUUGCCCGCUGGACCUGGCAUUCAAAGACCCAUAUUCAAUGGCAUGCGGUGGCCUUUGUGCUCUCGGAGAUCUGUUCCCGACCACCGUCGGCCGACUGCGAUCGUGCGUGGGAAUAUGUGCAGACCGUCUUCGACCGGUGGAAGAUGAAGGGGCAUAAGGGCACGCUCUGGCGACCUAUCAAGCGUCUGAUGGCCAAAGCGCAGUAUGUGCGCGAGAUGCAAGAUAUCAACAGUCCCCCUUCCAAACGGAACUUGUGCGUGGCAGGGAUGCGUGCGCCCGCUUCAGAUCUCUCCACCCCUGACUAUAGCACGGGACCUAUUCUGGGCACAAGUGAUGCUGACCCUUCGGGAACCGCCGACCGAGGAACUCCCUUCAUUUCACAUGGGGACAGUGUUCUCGACAUGGAGCCGUUGGAUCCGUUUUGCCAUUUGUUCUUCCCACAGCGUGGAUAUCCUGAUCCGGCAGACAUUGACUACGCUUUGGCGAACUGGGUCGAUAACCCUAACGACGGGAAUGCUUUGAUGAAUGGAUGGGGUUAA